CAGGCGACAUGUAACACAUUUGGAUUAUCAGAUGCAUUAUAAUCAUUGAUUUCAAGUGUAGCAGCGCAGGGCGCGCUAAUGGUGGAGGUGUCAUAAGCACCGUGUGUACACUGCACGAGACGCCACACAAUUAGAACAUCCCAAUUAUAAUCACAGAUAAUAAUCUUCUCGCGCUGGCAUUGUAGCUUCGUUUAAUAUAAAUGGGAGAGUUGUUGUUUUGUCUAUUCAUGUCGCUCGCUUGCAAUGUAAACGGGGUGUUACAGCCUGGUGGCUUGUGUGUAGUUAGCAUUAGCUAGUUAGCUUUAGUGAUGGAAAAUCCGAAUCGUUUCUGCGAAUCGGUUCUUUUGGAGAGUUCGUUAAAAAAAGAAAACCUGGGUUAAGUGAUUCAGAUAUUACGUACGCUGUCACGUAAUUGCGUCAUCUAUUUUUAUGGUCACUAUUUUGCCAAAUUGUGAUUAUUAAUGAAGUAGCGUGUCUUAUUUCAGAUGUUUUUUUUUUAUAUUUAAAACCUUAAAUAUUUUUUACAUUCUUUUACAUGAAAAUGUUUUACUAACGUUUUUGCACGUGUUGAUAAAGAUGCCAUACAAUCACACAGUAAACAUAUCUACAGUACAUUUUAAUUGUAACAUGUCCGCUAUUUAACUAUUAACUUACAGUAGUUUUACGUUUCGGUUAAUUCGAAAUGCUCUUACUGUCAGUUCUUUGAUUCAGCCAGAUUCGUGGACGAAUCGUUCGAAUUGGUUUUGUGAAUCGGUUUAACCAAUAUGCAAAGAUCCGAUUCAAAAGAACGAUUCGUUAACGAAUCGGACAUCGCUAGAACCUUUUAAACGAAACAGCGCGCCAGGAGUUAGUCAAAUCCUCCGAAUUGUUAUUCUUUCGUUAAAACGCUUGUUAUGGCUUUAUUACAUUCUAGUGUGGCGUAAUUUUAUUGUAUAGAUUAUUCUGGAAUGACUUACAGAUGAAACGCAUGCUAUCUUGCGUAUGUGCUGAUGUGAUAAAGCUUUUGGGUUGAAGCGGCAAGCGGGUUUAAUUUAGCGGAAAUGUUCUUUAAACAGGGAUGAUCUCAGACAAUAGUCAAAUGAAAGCGUCUUAUCAAGUAAUCAUCAUAUGCACAUUAUGCAAUCAGUUGAAGCCAGCAGGCCUCUGUGCUGCAAUGAAGUCUGGAUUCCUGUCAUCUGUCAAGAGACUACAACAUUUCAAAUGCAAAGUUUGGGAGGAAAUCUUUUAAUUGGUGGUUUUAUGAAGUGACACAGGAAGUAAUUGCUCUAAAAUGGGAGACGAUCGACCUUUUGUCUGCACUGCCCCGGGCUGUGGACAGAGGUUCACCAACGAGGACCAUUUGGCAGUGCACAAACACAAGCAUGAGAUGACGCUGAAAUUCGGACAAGUUAGAACAGACACCGUUAUCAUAGCAGAUCAGACACCCACUCCCACUCGAUUUCUCAAGAAUUGUGAGGAGGUGGGUUUGUUUAGUGAGCUAGCUGGCUCCUUCGAGCAAGAUCUCCGCAAAACACAGGAGGAGGAGGAGAGGAGGAUUAAAGGCACGCUUCCAGCUCUACAAACACCUACAGAAGUUAAAGAGAGGGAGGGGCCUCUUGAGAUUGACUCCUCCCCUCCAGACAGCCCUGACUCCGCCUCCAGCAUGACAAACAGCAAAGAUGCAGUUGCCAUGGCAAAAGAGCCUAGUGCCAUGAGGAAAGCCAAGGAUGUUCCUCCACGAACUGCAGCAAGUUCCACCCCUACACCAACCAUAGUGCGUCCAGGCUUUCUUCCACUUCACAAAGGUUUCGACUCCAUGAACCCAACUCAGCCAUCUCCCACCUCUGUUAUCACUAGGACCCCUCCGUCAAACAGACUCAGCUCGCCAUCUGGUUCUUUUCCUAUGCUGAUGCAGCUUCCAAAUGGUCAGACUGUUCCUCUGCUGCCCAGUCCAGGGCAGACUUCAGUCAUAUCGCUUGCUAGAUCAUCAAACCCAGUGCCCAAUAUCCCAGGGAUUCCUGGCCCUCCUAUUGGUGGAAGCAGCAGUGGCUCCUCCUCUCCGUCUGGAUACAGUACACACUCUGAUGCCAAGACGAGGCUAAAAGCAGCACUAACUCAGCAGAGUCCUAGUGGACCAGCACCAAUACAAAAAACAGAUCAGACUGAGACACCAUCACCUGCUCAACCACAGGUAUCCCCUGCUCCACCAAAAGGAGGCCGCAGACGACGAGGGGCAGAUAUUGAGCCAGAUGAGCGCAGGCGCCGUUUCCUUGAACGAAACAGAGCUGCUGCUUCCCGUUGCCGGCAAAAACGGAAAGUGUGGGUCAGUGCCCUGGAGAAACGCGCUGAGGAGCUAGCUACUUCUAACGUCACGCUUACUAAUGAAGUGUCUGUGUUGAGGACUGAGGUGACCCAACUGAAGGAGCUGCUGUUGGCCCAUAAGGACUGCCCUGUUACUGCCAUGCAGAAAAAAGCAUAUAUCGCUGCAGGAGUGGAUGAGAGUUCAGCAUCGGCGUUGGUGAUGCCUGUGUCAGUACCGGCUCCGGUGUCGGUUAAUGGUCUGAGUGUGCGUGCAGCAGAGGCUGUUGCUGUUUUAGCGGGAAUGGGCUCGGGCCAGUGGAGUAACUCAGCUGGAGAUGCUUCCUCCCAUUCGCAACCCACAUCCAGAUGAUGAGCAUGUCGUUCAGCCAAUGGGAACUAAAUAUACUUUUAGAAGAGCGAAUCCCCCUUUCCCCUAAAACUGUCAGUCCUGGUGUUUUUGACAAAGGUACUCAUUUGACAAAUGGGAACGAAUGUUACCAUGCUCUGACCACACCCUGCUCACCCUUAGCCUAUCACAGACUCUCCCCCGGGCUAAGUAGUGACAUCAUAGGACUGCACAGACUAGGAAGCACUGCAGUGGAAAUGAAGUCUCUUCGGUGAUCUCUAUAAAAUAUACCUUUACAUAUACUUGUAUAGAUCUUCUCACUAAUGCAUUGAGUUGAUAUUUGUCUCGUUUGCAGAUAUUUCUACUUAUUUUGCUUUUUAUUCAAUGGUCUUUAUAAUAUGUGAGCCUGGACCACAAAAUAGCUAUAGCCAAAAAAUACAAUGUAUGGGUCAAAAUUAUAGAUUUUUAUUUUAUGCCAAAAAUCAUUAGGACAUUAAGUAAAGAUCAUGUUCCAUGAAGAUAUUUAGUCAUUGUUUUAUUGUAAAUCUAUCAAAACCUAAGUUUUGAUCAUUAAUAUGCAUCGACAUUUUUUAUUUUUAUUAUUUUUUUUUACACCCUCAGAUUCCAGAUUUUCAAGUAGUUGUAUAUCAGCCAAAUAUCGUCAUACCCUAACAAACCAUACAUAAAUGUAAAGUUUAUUUAUUCAGCUUUCAGAUGAUGACUUGUUUUGUGGUCCAGGGUCACGUACAGUAUAAUGAUUUGUUGCAUGAUUCUGGCCACAUUAGAAAGAUGAUUACUACACUAUGCAGAUAAGUUGAACACCUUUCUCUGUCUUUCUUGGUGUCACUACUCACUCUUACCAUUCCUCCCAGUUUCCCUUUCUCUCUCUUCCUCUUCGUCUUAAUUUUACUGUUGUAUCUAAAGAAACUUCUCUCAGGUUUGUGCUUCUGUGGCUGUUUUGGUGACAUUUAGCGUAAUCUGGCACUGAAGAAUGGGCUCACAAAAGCUGAAGAAUGGAGAGAAAAUAUAUUUUUAUAUUUGAAUAUCGUUAUUGGUUUGACUGCAUUUGCUAUAUAUGUGUAUGUGUGUGUGUGUGUGUGUGUGUGGAAUAUAACGGGUAGCGUAACCAUGUGGACAUGUUUUAGAUCAGUAUGAUUAUAAUAUGCUCUGCUGAAUAAUAGGUAUCUUUAACCAAAAUGCAUAAAUCUUUUGUAUUUAGGUUAGACCCCAAAGUUUAAGUGCAUCUGGUCUUAUAACAGGGAACAUGCACAAAAAAAACUCACGCGUAAUGACUCUUGUGCUUGCAUUUUGUGAAUGUACAGUAGUUAACUAACCCGGCUAUGAAUGUGAAGUUUUGUUUCAAAAUGGUUUUAAUGCUUUUGAGUAAGUUGGUUGUUAGAAUGGCGUUAUAGAAAUAAAAAAAACAUUGUUAUUUCUUUUUUUUGGUCCUGAAAAGACUCACACUUGGCCACGCUGAAUGAAUUUCAACUGGUGCGCAUAACUAACACAAAACUUAAACAGUUCAUGUCUGAUCACUUUUUAAAUAGGGUCAUCUGCAUUAGUUUAAGUUUGGCUUUUAUAUCAAAACUCUUGCUGCUUUUUAAAAUCCAACUUUGAAUAUAACGUUUUUUUUUUUAUGGAAGCCCAUUUCUGCCACAUAAGGAACAAAUCCUACAGUGAAUAAUCAUAUCUAUGACAGAAAAAGACAAACCUGUGACAUGAAAGUCAAAAUUAUGAGAUAAAGUCAUAAUUACAUCAAAGGUGAAAUUAAAACAAAAGAAUAGGUUUACAUUUUGUAUUUGUAUUACAUUUUUGUAUGUCAAAACUAAUUUUUAUCUCAUCAUUUUGAUCUUUUUAUCAUAAGUUUUAAUGUUAUCUUUUUAUCUCAUAAUGAUUUGCCAAAUCAUGUUUGUUUUUCUCUUCUUAUAUUUAGGAAAUUGGCUUCAAUGGGUUUUGGACAAUGGUAUAAUUUUUCCUCUCAUAAUGCAUUUUGCAUAGAUGAUGUGUAGAUUCUCUUUUUUUUUUUUUUUUUUUUUUUUUACGAUCCAAUCUGCCAUAUCAAUAUCUGUCACUGACCUUCCUUGCAUCUGGAUUUAUCCUAUUUAGAUGUAGACCGUACUGCUUUCCACAGUGUGUAUAACUCACUGAUCCCAAAUAGUGUAAUGUGUAAGUGAAGACCUUAAACUACAGUUGUAAAUAUGAAAUGAGUGUCAGCGUACAAACAUUGCUUACUGUAUAAUAAUUGACUAACUGAAACGGUCCUUAAGAUAUGUUAUAAUUAAACAUUGUUGGAACUCUA